AUGACCGUCCAUUUCCUAGAGCUCACAGGACUACCACUUAAGGAGACUUUCCUCAGUAGUAUAAAAAAAAGGGAAAACGGCUUUUGAACUUUGACAACUGUUUGCGCAGACAAGAGCAAACGCGUCUUGGAGACUGUAAUAAAGCUGAAAUUUCUGAGAGGGCCGUUGGAGGGCAGCUCAGGUGACAUCAAGGAUAUGGUGCUUCUUCUUCUCUCCUACUUCAAUGAAAAAGAGGAGAACCUCUUCCACUACGUAAAGGAGACAUGCCUGGCAAAUGAAGUACACGUGGAAGGCUUGCCUGUGACCCCUUGCAUCAUUGUAUGUGGAACCUGCUGCAAUGCGUCAAGGCAGUUCAUGCUCAGCAUAGACGGCAAGAUUGUGAACGACCAUAUCUCCAACUUCAUCACUGCCAUCUGCUUGAUGUUUGGAAGCUACUACUGCCUGAACAUCCACUAUCCAGUAGAUCUGGGUUCCACGCUAGAGCUCCUUCAGAGGUAAAGUGUGUGUGUGUGCACAUUGUUUCUUUUUAUUUACACAUUUA